AUGACGGACAUCCUGUGGCUCUCAAUCAACGACAUCACGGUAGUCAACUUCUACCGCCGGCCAGACGAAAACGACGCGCUGGAUGUUCUGUUGCAGUGGGCAAUCCCGGACCGCUGCCUCGUGCUGGAGACUUCAACGCCAAACAUCACAGCUGGCAAACCGGCCGAAGGGAAGGUCGAGGAGGAGUAA